CUUCGUCGCGGGCAGACGACCAGCUUCGAGAGCAGCUCGAGCUCUGCCAGCACGCAGGCUCCCACUGCGGUCAGCUCGGGCAGCCUCGGGCCUCCCACGAGCAACCACGGCGUCGGCGUGCACCCCGACGAGGGCAGCGAGGCGGCCGCGCAGCCCGCGGCCGCUCCGCCGGAGCCCGCCGCCCCGCCGCAGCCGCAGGAGGAGGACGAGAAGCAUCGGGCCACGUCCUCCUUCGGGGACGGGCGCGCGGGCGGCGUGUGGCAGAAGUACGCCGACGAGGAG